ACAGGUUUCCUCUUACAUAUAAUACAACAAUACUUGCUGGUACAUUGAGUGCAUUAGUAUGUCAACUCAAAUCGCAACUCGAGUAAAUAUUAUACUCCGAAAUUGCCUUUACGGAAUCAACCUGAACGAAAGGGUUUUGUACUUAGCGUCGCCUGUGACAAGAAAUCAAUUUAGUCUAGAAUAUUCCAAUGAAGAAACUCACGAGAACGUCAAGCAGAACAUGCUUGCGGAUAAUAUUUUAUAUAAGUUGUGCGACUGGGUUGAUCCCGAAGAAGACAUCAUUAAAGCAAGGAUUAACGAUCGUAACUUGGAAACAUGUCUUAAAGAAAAGUGGGGUAUGAGUGGGCAUAUUUGGAGCAGUUUCUUGUUAGUUAAGAAUUCCAAGGCAGUGAAAUCUUACAGAAGCUGCUUUGUUGUAACAUUUAACGAUGAAGAUAAGACUAAUACCCAACAGUAUACAAAAGAGAUAAUCGGUUUUGCCAAGACGUUUGGUAUGCCCACCGUAUUAAAAUUUGAACCAACCGUCGGCAAACCAGGGGCUGGGUAUACCGUUGAUGUUAUAUCAUGCGAAUCUCCAGCGGCUUUAGAGAAAAUUGAUCAAUUCGUGGUCUUUCCAGUGAAAUAUCCCGGCCACCAUCCAUCGUUUGACUUCGGGCACUCGGUCUUCAAAAGUUUUGAAGAGACGCGAAAUACACUCAAACUUGCCGAGGGCAAUUCAUCGCUUACUGACAUGCAGAAAUUGCAACAUUUAGCUGAAACUUACGUAAAUAAGAAUUUCCCCCCGACAGAUGCCUAUCCAAAUCCAUUUAUUGUUGUCGAAGGCCUGGAUGGUGUUGGAAAGUCAACCUUAGUGCAGAAUCUGGCUAAAAGAAUUAGUGCUGAAAUAUUCCAUACUCCGCCAGAGAUCAUAGGUAAUUACAGAGAAGCAAUGGUGAAGCAAUGUCAACCGGUCUGCCGGGCAUUCUACUCCCUAGGAAAUUACCUUAUUGCCGAAGAUAUCAAGGAUUUGUUGACUACAAAGCCAGUUGUUCUUGAUAGGUAUUGGCACAGUUCAGCAUCUUAUGCGAUUGCCUUGGAAGGGAAAUGUGGCAGUGAAGAAAACAUCCCAGCAAAAGGACACACCAUAUAUCAGUGGCCUAGAGAUCUACUAAAGCCUUCAGCCGUUAUCUUUUUGGAUUUGAACGAGAGUGAACGUGCUCAACGUAUGAACAAAAGAGGAGAAGAAGAAACAAAAGAAGAAUUACAGCUGAGAUUUUGUCAGUUUUUGCGAAAAAGAUUGGUUCAAGCGUACAAGAACAUGGAAAAUCCUAACUGCAUUAUUAUUGAUGCAUCAAAGAGUAGAGAGGAAGUCUGUGAUGAUGUUAUCUCAGAAUUGAAGAAACAACAGCUCUUGUCAGUUGAUUAACCAGAAACUAUAGAAUAGUGUAGAAUCAUCUUCAUCCCCAUUAUCAUGCACACAUUCAUUUGCAUGCAAAAAUAUCGCAGCUAAAUUUCGCGCUGGUCCAAAUUAGCUAAAUUUCUCCCACUCGUGCAGGCUCAUGUUGUCAGGGGAAAACUUACAUAAAAUUGAGAGCAGUGCGUAAACAAAAAGCUUUUAAUUUUUUAUGUGAAGAUCGUUGGAAAACUGAGCCCUCUCUACAGGAGGAAAUGUGCCGAAUAUGACCAACGUGUACCAAACGUAUAACUAAAAUGGUUAAUU